AUGGUUUCCAGGUCGUAUUCCAAUUUACUCGAACUUGCCACCGGAGAAUCGCCGUCUUUCGGCCGUAUAAACCGCCAAAUCCCCCGGAUUGUGACCGUCGCCGGCUUAAUCUCCGACGUCGAUGACGACCCAUCUGAGAGCGUCUCCUCGGAGCCGUCCUCCUCCUCCACCUCUCGCGACCGGAUUAUCAUCGUCGCCAAUGAGCUUCCCAUCAGAGCUCACCGGAUAUCCGGCAACGGCGGAGCCACCACCAACUGGAAUUUCAGCUGGGAUGAAAAUUCCCUUCUCCUCCAGCUGAAAGAUGGGCUGGGAGAUGAUGAUUUUGAAGUGUUUUAUGUGGGUUGUCUUAAGGAAGAUAUUCACCCAAAUGAACAAGAUGAAGUCUCUCAAAUACUUCUAGAGACUUUCAAAUGCGUGCCAACAUUUCUCACUCAAGAUCUUUACACAAGGUACUACCAUGGCUUCUGCAAGCAGCAGCUAUGGCCUCUGUUUCAUUACAUGUUGCCUCUUUCGCCUGACCUCGGCGGUCGAUUCAAUCGACCACUAUGGCAGGCUUAUGUUAAAGUUAAUAAAAUCUUUGCUGAUAAGAUCAUGGAAGUGAUCAAUCCUGAAGACGAUUUUGUUUGGAUUCAUGAUUAUCAUCUUAUGGUACUGCCUACUUUUUUGAGGAAGAGAUUCAAUAGGGUUAAGCUUGGAUUCUUUUUGCAUAGCCCUUUCCCAUCGUCGGAGAUAUAUAGAACACUUCCGAUCCGGGAAGAGCUCUUACGAGCACUUCUGAAUUCAGAUUUGAUAGGGUUUCAUACUUUUGAUUAUGCUAGGCAUUUUCUUUCUUGUUGUAGUCGAAUGUUCGGUCUAACGUAUGAGUCGAAACGGGGUUAUAUCGGGAUAGAGUAUUAUGGUCGAACUAUUAGUAUUAAGAUCCUUCCUGUUGGGAUUCAUAUGGGUCAGCUUCAAUCUGUUUUGAGUCUUGGGAAGACUGAGGAGAAGGUUAGUGAGGUUAUUAAGCAGUUUCGUGAUCGGGAUCGGAUCAUGUUGCUCGGUGUGGACGAUAUGGACAUAUUUAAGGGGAUAAGUUUGAAGCUUUUGGCUAUGGAGCAGUUGUUGAUGACGCACCCUGAGUGGGAGGGGAAGGUUGUGUUGGUGCAGAUUGCCAACCCUGCAAGAGGUAGAGGGAAAGAUGUUAAGGAAGUUCGGGACGAGAUGAAGGCAACUGUUAGGCGGAUAAACAAUAUGUUUGGGAGACCUGGGUACGAGCCAAUUGUGUUGAUUGAGGAACCACUCAAAUUCUACGAGAGAAUUGCAUAUUAUACGGUUGCUGAAUGUUGUUUGGUCACAGCGGUUAGGGACGGUAUGAAUCUCAUUCCAUACGAGUACAUUGUCAGUCGUCAAGGGAACGAUAAGUUGGAUAAACUCUUGGGCUGGGAAUCAUCAGCUCCGAAGAAGAGUAUGUUGGUUCUAUCCGAAUUCAUCGGGUGCUCUCCAUCCUUAAGUGGAGCGAUUCGAGUUAAUCCCUGGAAUAUCGAUGCUGUAGCUGAUGCCAUGGAAUGUGCGUUGGAGAUGGCAGAUGCAGAGAAGCAGCUCCGCCAUGAGAAGCAUUUUAGAUAUGUGAGCACACACGAUGUCGGGUAUUGGGCUCGGAGUUUCCUACAAGAUUUGGAGAGGACUUGUAGGGAUCAUGUGAGGCAGAGAUGUUGGGGUAUCGGGUUCGGUUUAAGUUUUAGAGUUGUGGCCCUUGAUCUGAACUUCAGGAAGCUCGCUAUGGAACACAUAAUUUCAACUUAUAAGAGGACGAAGUCUCGGGCUAUUCUUUUGGACUACGAUGGUACGUUAAUGCCUCAAGCUUCAAUUGACAAGGGCCCUACUUCAAAAUGCCUCGAAACUCUUGAUACCUUGUGUCGGGAUAAGAAAAAUACGGUGUUCAUUGUGAGUGCAAAAACUCGAAAAACACUUGCUGAAUGGUUUGCCCCUUGCAAAAAACUCAGCAUUGCUGCCGAGCACGGAUACUUUAUUAGGCUAAAGCAGGAUGAGGAAUGGGAAACCAGUUUGCCAGUUGCAGAUUGCUGUUGGAAGCAGAUUGUGCAGCCAGUGAUGAAACUCUACACUGAAACGACCGAUGGAUCGACAAUCGAAGAUCGAGAAACCGCACUCGGAUGGUGUUAUGAAGAUGCAGAUCCAGAUUUCGGUUCGUGUCAAGCUAAGGAGCUCCUGGAUCAUCUCGAAAGCGUACUAGCCAACGAGCCAGUUACCGUAAAAAGUGGUCAAAGCAUUGUGGAAGUUAAACCACAGGGCGUCAGCAAGGGUCUCGUGGCGAAACGACUACUCUCUGCAAUGCAAGAGAAGGGGACCCCAGCAGAUUUUGUUCUCUGCAUUGGCGACGACCGAUCGGAUGAAGACAUGUUCAAGGUGAUCUCAAGUUCCAUGGCAGGUCCAUCGAUUGCACCCCGAGCUGAAAUUUUUGCUUGUACAGUAGGGAAGAAACCGAGCAAAGCCAAGUAUUACCUCGACGAUCCAUCGGAAAUUGCUAGGCUGAUGCAUGGUUUGGCUUCGGUGUCGAGGCCAAACGUUCCGCCUUAUCCAUCCCAAAGCUGAAUAUAACAAGGGGCAUAAGCUUGAAGUUUUUGAUUUGUCAAUGUCCAUCCAUUCCAAUCUCUUUUACACUUCACAAUGUACAUAUUGCUGCAGUUCCACGCAAGGAAGAAAGUAAAAGAUGUAGAUGAGCGGGGCUUUGAUGAACUUAAAAAAGAUAAAAUGUUUUUUUAUUA